CCGUAUCACAGAAGGCCUUGAAGAAAGUCUACCCAAUCUUGAGACAUUAGUUCUUACCAGUAAUUCUAUUCAAGACUUGAAAGACAUUGAACCUCUCCAUUCUGUUAAGAAUUUAAGAUAUUUAAGUUUGUUAAGGAAUCCUAUCACCAAUAAGCCAUAUUAUCGACUGUUUGUCAUACACAACCUGCCACAACUACGAGUACUGGAUUUCCAGCGCAUUAAAAUGAGAGUAAGUGACACACAUACACACU